CCGCCUGGAGCCCCCGCCGUCCGUGGCAAGAGCAAGAGCAAGGCCAAUGUCCCAGCGAAGGUCCCGGCUGAACCAUGCGAGUCCCUGGCCUACUUGCCGGACCGCUCCGACACUGAGGUGCCCCCUCUGGACCUGGGCUGGACCGACGCUGGCUUCUACCGCGGCAUGAGCCGCGUCACUCUCUUCACCCAUUCCCCCAAGGAGGAGAAGGCGCCCCACCUCAAGCAGGUGGUCAGGCAGAUGAUCCAACAGGCCCAGAAGGUCAUUGCUGUGGUCAUGGACCUCUUCACCGAUGGGGAUACUUUCCAAGACGUUGUGGAUGCUGCCUCCAAGCGCCGGGUCCCGGUGUACAUCAUCCUGGACGAGGCGGGAGUGAAGUAUUUCCUGGAGAUGUGCGGGAGCCUCGAGCUGGCUGACUUCAUCCGCGUCCGCUCUGUGACAGGCGUUGGCUUCUACGUGCCCAUGGGGAAGAUUAAAGGAACCCUGUCAUCAAGGUUCCUGAUGGUAGAUGGUGACAAAGUAGCCACUGGAUCCUACAAAUUCACCUGGAGUUCCUCCUACGUGCACAGAAACCAUCUCCUCCUCCUGACAGGGCAGUACACAGAGCACUUCGACGCGGAGUUCCGGGAGCUAUACGCCAUCUCCGAGGAAGUGAACUUGUUCCAGCAGCUGGGCCUGGCAGGAGGCGCUGGCACACUUGGCCUCCACCGCUCCUCCACUGUGGCUCGCAAGCUUAUCUACCCCAAGUGUGCCUUGGUGGCAGGUAGCCGCCACCCACCGGGGGAGAUGAUGCGCUGGGCUGCCCGGCAACAGCGGGAGGCUAAUGGCAACCUGGAUAGGCAGGAGGAGGGCAGAGGAGGUGGCAAGGCAGCCCGGCGCCUGGAGAGCUUCCUGAAUGACCUGGUUACUAUAGAGCAGAUGUGGCCCCCCGUGGAUCCCGUCCCCUUGACAGAUCUGAGCCACCCGAGGCUCAAAUCCUGAGAGGCAGUCACCCAAAAUGGCAAGGGAGAUGCUGCCAAUGGGGGCCCCAUGCUGGCCACGGAGGGCAAGCGUUUCAUGGGCAGCAGGUUGUUCAGCCGCCGAGCCAAGAGACCUGCAGCACCCAGCAGCAGGGCCGGCUCGCUCUCCCCCGAGGCCUGCCCGGACGUGGAGUUUCUGAAGGGGAAGAGGCCCACUGAGGACUUCAGCACCAACAUCUCAGGUAAAACAAGUCCCAGUCCUUCCAAGUCCGGCAAUUGCGUGAUUUCCUGAGCUGCAGGAUCUGUGGAUGCCCACCUGUCCUGCCCUGUGCCCUGGACAGCACAGGCCCCACCCUGUACCAGUUUGUACCUCCAGCCUUAUCGGCCUCCGCCUGCAGCCUCCAUCCUGGCCUCAACGCCUGAAUCCAGAUGGAAGGGUGGGUCCCAAGACUUCUAAGACCAUCGUGUGCUUCCAGACUGUGGUGGCCAGGCCAGGAAGGGUCACUGCUGCUUUGUUUACAUGAAGAGGAAGCUCGACUAGUG